UUCAAGUCUGAACUUUCUCUUUCGAAAGUGCGUGGAAUAAAUUUUUAACGACAGGGGGUGCCUGUGUGAUCGCGGGACAUUGCUAUUGUGGUCAUUGCUUGCAGUUGAUGUUCACGCUUCACGCUGAUCCUUUUCGUACACGCGGUUGAGAGGAAAGGAGCGGUUGACGGAGUUAAACUGGAGUUUGCUUGGGCUUCACCAGUUGACAUUGUCUGGGACGAUGAGUCUCGCUCUGAAACCACCGCACUCACUACCGUGAAGAGGAAGUAAAGCGGACGGAUGAGCACUCUAUUCGGCAUCUUCGUUCUAAGUCUCACCACUCUGUCGCUUAUGCAGUUCACUCCAUUCACACAGGUGUGGGAUCCCUGAAUAGCAACAGUUGGAAAGAGAGGGCAGGUUGAGAGCUCCUGGAGGAGCUUGCAGCUCUGAGGCACAGGACAGGAGAUAAGUGUCAAGGACUGACAUCACAGUAUGUCGAAGGCAGGUGCAUUUGAGGCUUUAAAGACAGAGCACAAGGGAAAAUGUUAAAAACCAGCAAGAGAAGGCAAGUGAAACGAAUUUAUUUCAACUAUUACCACCACCUUAAUUUGGACUGCCAUCUUUUCACAUUCAUUAACACUGAGACUGGGAUUUCCCUGCUGUUACUAUGCCUUGCCAUGUGUCUUCCAGAAGCAGAUGGUGCCAACUCCCAUAGAGCAAGGAAAGUGAAGAGAUCUGCCGAACUGGGCGAAAUCUUAAAAGUAUUGAAAAAUAUUCACAAUCAAGUGCUGAACAUGUCUUGUGAUAAUUUGGAAAUAAAAACUCCUUCAGGGGUGCCAGAAUUGAGGUUGUACACACCUGCAGAUGUAACUGAUGACUGUUUGGAAACCGCAUUCAAAUGCUUCAUUUCAGAAUUGGAGGUUAUAGACUAUGAAUACAAACUUGACUGUCCUGAAAUAGCCACAUUAUGGAUCAUAUUUAGAAACGCCAAAGAAUAUAAUAAACAUGCUGAGGGCUGUACAACAUGUGAGGAAUUUCAAGAAAAAAGUGUAACAGAAUUUCUAAAAGCCUUUGAAGAUCUUGCACGAAGGAAGUUGAAGAAAGAACAGUAACUCUAUUUAGCAUGUAAAUAGUGAAUUGUGAAUAUUAUCUGUAAAUAAUUGUAAAUACUGUAGUCAUAAAUAUUGAAUUUUAUACUUAACUUAAUGUCAAUCUUCUGACUAAAUGUACAAAAUUUAAUGUGAAUAAUGCUUAUUUUUAUAAGAAUUAAUCAAUUUUGUUUUCAUUUUAUUCAAUUCACUAUUUCAUAAGCAAUGAAGUUAGUAAUUUGAGCAAUGCAAAGGAACUUUGAGUUAGAUUCUAUGUCCAUAUUUUUAAAAAACCCUUUCAUCACAGCUGUGCUAUAUUGAUAUUCUAGCCUCAGUGAAUAGUUAGGUAGCAGUUACUACAAGUCCAGUAUUUUUUUAUUCAUGUAAUUUAGAAAAGUAUUUUAUAUGCACUUAAUUUUAAAACUGAUGCAAAAUGGUUCAAGGUUAAGUAUACACAGGCUUCAGUAGUUCCUCAGAUCCCAAGAAGAAUGGAUACAGUACAGAAGGAUAAUAUUAAUGACAAUUUACCUGGGUGACCAAUAUAGUAUGAGCAGCUUUUAACACUCUUAGUCCAAAGACUAAUUUUACUUUUGGUUUAAGUCUUAUUGUGUGGGCAUGUCGUUCAUUUAUUCUGAAAGGGGCACAAUUGAAAGAGCUAAGAUGAUGCCUCUGAUCUAAACAGGUCAAUAAUAAGCAUGAAAGCUAUGGUUUUCAAAUCAUAGUGCCGAUGUAAACCCAUUCAUUUCAAAAGGUCAUGGAUGACAAAGGCAGUUGUUUUUUAUUGCUUCAAAUGUAACCAUGAAAUUGAGAAUAAUAUUUGUAUCAUUCUUCAUAAAUAUUUUAUGCUAUGUGUCAUAAUAAAAUUUCUGGAAAUUAUGUUUCAUUGAAAAUUAUUUUACAAGUGUGCUCUUCAGAAAUGACGGUAACUGGGAACAUUUGGAUUAAUCAAAUAAGAUAACUUAUCACGUUCUGUUUUUAAGAUUUACUUAAAGAAGCUUUUUUUU